CAGAGAUCUCACACAGGGGAAAAGCCGUAUUCCUGUCCUGAGUGCGGGAAAUGUUUUUCAGACAAGUCUAGUCUUCAUACACAUCAGAGAUCUCACACAGGGGAGAAGCCGUAUUCCUGUCCUGAGUGUGGGAAAUGUUUUUCACAGAAGUCCAAUCUUUACACACAUCAGAGAUCUCACACAGGGGAGAAGCCGUAUUCCUGUCCUGAGUGCGGGAAAUGUUUUUCAAAAGUCCAGUCUUUACACACAUCAGAGAACUCUCACACGGGGGAGAAGCCUUAUUCCUGUCCUGAGUGCAGGAAAUGUUUUUCAGAGAAGUCCAGUCUUUACACACAUCAGAGAACUCACACAGGGGAGAAGCCAUAUUCCUGUCCUGAGUGCGGGAAAUGUUUUUCACAUAUGUCAAAUCUUUCCAGUCAUCAGAGAUCUCACACAGGGGAGAAGCCAUAUUCCUGUCCUGAGUGCAGGAAAUGUUUUCACAGAAGUCCCAAGUCCCAUCUUUCCAGACAUCAGAGAUCUCACACGGGGAGAAGCCACUUUCCUGUCCUGAGUGAGGGAAAUGUUCCUCACUGA